UAUUCCUCUCUCUCUCUCUCUCUCUUUCCACCUAUCUUUUCUUCUCUCUCUUUUUUUUUUUCUUCUAAUCUUUCCCAUUGUGGAUCGGUGUAUUUUCCACCGCUUGUUUGGGGACUUUCUUCACCGUAAAGAGAACGCACCGGCGAUCUGUUUUAACAGUGCGCGUGCGUGCGGUUUUUCUGAUUUGACGGUCAGUAUGGUUCCGGUUGCCAAAGUUUCUCUUUGUAUGCGAACUUCUGUUAAUCGCAUGGUUGUUGGAGGAAAUCGUGAAGCCUAUUAGAUAAGAAAGAGAUCUUCGACGGUGUGCGGAAAGCGUUUGCUUGACGCAUUCAACCUCCCGCCUCGCCUCAAUUCCAGGCUACGCUGAUUGUGUUCCUUCGAUUUAAAAUUCAAAAUCGUGCAUUCGAUCGGCUUCCCGUUUUCAAUACGUAGGGAGAUUAACUCUUGUGCCUUGUGACUUGGUGAAUUGUGUGCUUCCUCCCGCUGAUUUUUGGUGUCAUUCCAGCCAUUUCAGUACGGUUUCAUAUUGCACGUUUCUGUUGCUUUUGAUUUGUGUUGUUGAUUGUUUCUAGACCUGCAAACGGGACAACUGGUUUUCACAUCGUAAUCAAAAUUGGUGAUAAAUUCAUAAGUUAUCCAGAUUAAGAAAAUGUCUUCUCCAAGCAAGAGGAGAGAUAUGGAUGUCAUGAAAUUGAUGAUGAGUGAUUACAACGUGGAGCCGAUAAAUGAUGGGAUCAAUGAGUUCAAUGUGGAAUUCCAUGGUCCAAAAGAAAGCCUUUAUGAAGGUGGUGUCUGGAAAGUCCGUGUUGAGCUGCCGGAUGCUUACCCAUAUAAGUCACCUUCCAUUGGGUUUCUAAACAAAAUAUUCCACCCCAAUGUUGAUGAGCUGUCUGGUUCCGUGUGCUUGGACGUGAUUAAUCAAUCCUGGAGUCCAAUGUUUGAUCUGCUCAAUGUGUUUGAGGUUUUUCUGCCACAACUUUUGCUAUAUCCAAAUCCUUCGGAUCCUUUAAAUGGUGAUGCAGCAUCCUUGAUGAUGAAGGAUAAGCAGCAAUAUGAACAAAAAGUGAAAGAGUAUUGUGAACGUUACGCGAAGAAAGAAAAUAUCGCUGGCGCUUUGGCAGAAGAGAGUGACGAGGAGAAGACCGAUGGAGAUGUCAGCGAUGGACGGAGCGUGUCUAGCGAAGACGAUGAUGUCGCCGGAAAUGCAGACCCUUGAGGGAAUAAACUGCCCCUGGGUUCGAGAUACCAAAUUGAUUUGAUGUUGGCUCGUUAUACUUAUACAGACGAGGGCAUGUUUAUUGCUUGUAAAAUUAUUUAACUGGGGAAGUUAGGGACCGGCCAAUUUGAUUCUAACAUAUUUGCUCAGAAAAGGAGUGGAAAUGAAGAUUAUUGCUUUUGUUGAGUCUCCUUUAUCCCAUUAGGCCAUUGUCAAUUGCUUUUGAUUAUGUCUUCGGCAAUGUAAUUAACCUUAAUGUUUGGUA